AUGCCCAAAACCUUCUUAUUUGAAGCUUUGAGAGCCACAAGUCAGUACACACCAAGAGUUGAGAAAUCCAUCAAUCAAGUAACCCUGUUGGGCAGGGUUGGAGCUGAGCCCCAGAAAAGAGGGUCUGAGGAGCAUCCAGUUGUGGUUUUCAGCCUUGCUACACACACAAACAGCAGACUGACAUCUGGUGAAGUACAGCAGAGAACAGAGUGGCAUCGCAUUAGUGUCUUCAAGCCUCUCUUACGAGAUGCUGUGUAUCAGUACAUGGGAAAAGGACAGCGAGUUUUUGUGCAGGGAAGGCUUAUGUAUGGAGAUAUUGUUGAUGCCAAUGGGGUUCAACGUAGUACAACGACGAUUGUAGCUGAUGAUGUCAUCUUCCUUUCCAAGUCAUCUGCUGCAGCAGAACCUGAAGUUGAGUCUGCUUGA